GUGUCAGUUGACAGGGUUUAUGUGAAUCUCUCGAGUAAUUGAUGAAAUACUUUUGAAUACUACGGCCAGAAUGAAAGGAAAUCAUGCUUUCACCACUUAUGUUUUAUUUACAUUUUUGUGCAAAUUGAUCGAGUGUAACAGUGUGAAUAAAUAUGCGUUACUUAUGCCAAAUGUUAAACCGAAUCGGGAGGAAUUGUAUCUGUGUACUCCAGUGAAAGUAGACCCUUCUGAAAAUUACUAUUUGAUAGGUUUCGAGCCGAAUGCAACAAUGACAAGUACACACCAUAUACUUUUGUACGGUUGUGGUAAACCUGGUAGCUCAAAACCUGUAUGGAAUUGUGGAGAAAUGGGGCGUGGUAUGAACGAUAUCGAGGAAACAAUGGUGCCUUGUGCAGAAGAAUCCCAGAUAUUGUACGCUUGGGCUAGAGAUGCACCGACGUUAAUUUUGCCGGAAGGAGUAGGUUUCAAGGUUGGCAGGGAUUCUCCGAUAAAGUAUUUAGUUCUACAGGUUCAUUAUAGCCACGUUGAACAAUUUAAAGAUGGUAGCUCAGACAAUUCUGGUGUAUUCCUUCAUUACACUUUACGUCCACUGGGUAAAUUAGCCGGUGUUCUUCUACUGGGAACUUCAGGUGUCAUACCUCCUAGGAGUGUAACAUAUAUGGAAACAGCUUGUACGAUAAAAGAGAACAAAACUAUUCAUCCUAUCGCCUAUAGAACUCAUACUCAUUCACUUGGAAAAGUAGUUUCUGGAUAUUUGGUAAAACCAGAUUAUACAUGGAUAGAAUUAGGGAAAAGAGAUCCUUUGACCCCUCAAAUGUUUUAUCCUAUACAUAAUAAGGUUUCAGCUAGUCAAGGUGACCGAAUAGCAGCUCGUUGUACUAUGUCUAGUAGACGCGAUAGUUUGACACAAAUUGGCGCUACUAAUUCGGACGAAAUGUGUAAUUUUUAUUUGAUGUACUACGUUGAAAACGGCGAACCAUUAUCCAUGAAAUACUGCUUUACCCUCGGUCCUCCUCGUUAUUACUGGAAAGACGAUGGACUUUUCAACAUUCCUAACGUAGAGGCAUCUAGUUUAUAAUAACGUAGUUGCCUCGGUAAAAAAUUGACCUAGGUACCGGACUGUUGACAAUGGAACAGAGUUUAACGGAAACAUUUAAUCUAUUUGUUAUAAAAUAGAGUUUGUUUCUAAAAC